AUGUUCUUACUAAACGAGAUGUUCUUACUGAACGAGAUGUUCUUACUAAACGAGAUGUUCUUACUAAACGAGAUGUUCUUACUAAACGAGAUGUUCUUACUAAACGAGAUGUUCUUACUGAACGAGAUGUUCUUACUAAACGAGAUGUUCUUACUAAACGAGAUGUUCUUACUGAACGAGAUGUUCUUACUAAACGAGAUGUUCUUACUGAACGAGAUGUUCUUACUAAACGAGAUGUUCUUACUGAACGAGAUGUUCUUACUGAACGAGAUGUUCUUACUGAACGAGAUGUUCUUACUAAACGAGAUGUUCUUACUGAACGAGAUGUUCUUACUGAACGAGAUGUUCUUACUGAACGAGAUGUUCUUACUAAACGAGAUGUUCUUACUAAAUGAGAUGUUCUUACUAAACGAGAUGUUCUUACUAAACGAGAUGUUCUUACUAAACGAGAUGUUCUUACUGAACGAGAUGUUCUUACUGAACGAGAUGUUCUUACUGAACGAGAUGUUCUUACUAAACGAGAUGUUCUUACUGAACGAGAUGUUCUUACUGAACGAGAUGUUCUUACUAAACGAGAUGUUCCUACUAAACGACACUAACUGUGCUCCCAAAAGAAAGCCAUGUACGGAGGGGCUGGGAAAGGAAAGUCUUCCCUUUCUGAUAUGCUUCCUCUGUCAGAUUCGGACGACCACGUGUGUCCUCCUAUUUCUAUUCACACGUCUUGGAGUAUGCUCCGGAGGAUUUGGGAAUCCUGUCACAGAUGACGUGAGCAGGCUGAUGUUAUUGAAACACAAUAUUCCAAAGGAUUAUAACAUUUCUAUGCAUUAUAUUCCCAAAGAGAGGAGUGGUGUGUGCUGGGUUCUACUGAAUAUCUACCCACUGGAACAAAGCCUCAGGGAACUGACCCGGGUGUUUGGUGCCAUUUCUUCCAACAAAGAUAAUAUUAUGAUCUUCAUCACCAUGCUGCAAAAUCUACGCUUCAAAUGUGAUCAUGAGGAGCUGGAGGCAACAAUGCAAGUCUUUAAAUGCCACUAUAGGGCGGUCAAAUGGCCGUCUGGGCAGUAUUUCGACUAUAUCAGAGACAUUUUGAAUUCUGCAGCUCAGGGAGAAGGAGGAUUCCGCUGUGUGCCUCCACCCUGCCCUGCCCCUACUACAUCAGGAAGUGAAGCACAGGACCAUGAACAGACUCGGUCAAGGCGGAGUCUGCUGUUCCUGCUUCCGAUCCCAGUCACAGCCUGCGUGUUCCUCAUUGUGUGGGCGGUAAGUUAACGAUGUAGAUGGCUUGCUCAGGCUGUAUGACAGUCUGGUCCAGAAGACCUACAGGGUAUGCAGACUCUUGUUCCAGCCCAGCACUACUACUACGCACCUAAAUUAACACUUCAAGUAAUCAUCAAAUGUGUUAGUACUUGGCUAGAACAAAAGCCUGCACACUGGCUCUCCAGGAUUAGGACUGAAGAGCACUGGUGUAUGGUAUUGGAUGCUUCAACGUGAUACUCUGUUCCACAGAUUAAAUCUAGAAGAGGAGGCUCCCCAGAGAGUAACCUUGAGAGAGGCCAUAGAAGGCUGUCCACUAAUGUGGAACGGACCAUAACCAUCCCUAUUCCACCAGUCACCAGUCCAACUGACACACCAAUAAUGGGGGAAGCCUGAUCACCACUGAGGGAGCAGAAGAAGCCAACAUCAAGCACUGCAUAGAGAUCAGAAAGCUCCCCGUCUGGACUGGUGUCACUCUGGACUGGUGUCACUCUGGACUGGUAUCUCUGAUUCUUCUUGGGUGAUAUCCCUGAGAGAACAGAGCUGAAAUCUCAUAUUUGGUGUCUUUGACAUAUCGGAGCUGAUAUGUCUAAAAUAUAUGGGUUGAUAUAGGGGUCUCACUUAAACAAGGGACAAUGGCGAUAAGACAUUAAUCAACCGCUUACUAGAACUAUAUAAUUUGGACUGCCAUAUAUUUUGACACAACACCAUGUAUCACAGGUUCCUACCUUGUCUAUAUCUGUCUAAUCAGAGAUUUUGACAUUGAACAACAUCAGAGACAUUCUCUACUGAGACUGGACUUUGUUGUUGCCUAAAUAUCUAUUGCUGCUGUGUGGCCACAGAGUGUGUGCUGACACUUUUUUGUCUCACCCCCUCUUUGAGUCACAUCAUCAGUGUGUGUGUGACCACAGUAUAACAGUUUAACUACCAGCUGUGUGUGUGUGUGUGUGUGUGUGUGUGUGUGUGUGUGUGUGUGUGUGUGUGUGUGUGUGUGUGUGUGUGUGUGUGUGUGUGUGUGUGUGUGUGUGUGUGUGUGUGAGUAAGCUACCCUGCUCUGGAUGAUCUCAGUGAGGGCCAUAAGAGGGGCUUGUUCUCGCCACAAAAGAAAAGAGCCGUAGGCUGAAGGAAAUACCAGUUCCAUGCUAACCGACAGAGACAGAUCCUUAUGAAUCAAAAACCGUUUGAUCUUCAAUCCCCAGACAGCAGGAAAUCAGGAUUAUCUGCCAUCUCCUCUCAUGCUGCACUAUCACACGCAUUAUGAAGCCUUCCCACUGGGCACAGACGUCAAUUCAACGUCUUUUCCACAUUGGUUCAACUUAAUUUUAAUGAAACGAUGUGUAAACAACGUUGAUUCUACCAGUGUGUGCCCAGUGGGAUAGGACUGACUGAUUUCAAGCAUAAGUUAUGGCUGCUUUUUAACUCCCCUCUAGUGGUCAGAUACAAUAACUAUACUUGGUUCCCUCAGAACCUGCAAUAGGUCCCAGCUGAAGCAGUACAGUCACUGUGCAGUCUGACUGAGGAAGGUUUUUGUACGGCUCUGUAUCACUGUGGAACACCUAGGCACUUUAUGUAGAUAGUGUAGUGUAGUGUAAGUAGAGUAGAUAGUGUAUGUAGAUAGUGUGUGUAUGUAGAUAGUGUAUGUUGUAGAUUGUGUAUGUAGUGUAUGUACUGUAGUGUAGAUAGUGUAUGUGGUGUAAAUUAUGUAGAUAGUUUAUGUAGUGUAGAUAGUGUAUGUAAUAUAGGUAGUGUAGUGUAGAGAGUGUAUUUAGAUAAUGUAGGUAGUGUAUGUAGUGUAGAUAGUGUUAUGUAGUGUAAGUAGUGUAGUGUAGAUAGUGUAUGUAGAUCAUGUAGUUAGUGUAUGUGGAUAGUGUACUGUAUGUCGUGUAGAUAGUGUAUGUAGAUAAUGUAUGUAGAUAGUGUAGAUAGUGUAUGUAGGUGGUGUAUGUAGAUUAUGUAGAUAGUUUAUAUAGUGUAGGUAGUGUAGUGUAGAUAGUGUAUUGAGAUAAUGUAGCUAGUGUAUGUAGUGUAAAUUAUGUAGAUAGUGUAGGUAGUGUAUGUAGAUAGUGUACUGUAUGUCGUGUAGGUAAUGUAUGUAGAAAGUGUAUGUAGGUAGUGUAGAUAGUGUAUGUAGUGUAAAUUAUGUAGAUAGUUUAUAUAGUGUAGAUAGUGUAUGUAGUAGUGUAGUGUAAAUAGUGUAUAUAGAUACUGUAUGUAGUGUACACGUGUCUCAUGUUUGAGUCCAGCGUCAUUCACAGUCUCAUUCACAGAUCUAGCGGUUAGUAAUCUGCUACUGAAAACAGUUAAUAUAAUGCUAGAAGAUUGCAUCAAUUUAAAUCAGACAUUUGGUUAAAGGUUCAUAUGAGGACUUUGUUCAUAUGAAGUGAUUGUAACUUUGAAGUAAUGUUGAGGUCAUAACAUCUUUUGUUUUACUCCUAUGGAUCUUGCUUUGCAUAUGGACAGGUAUUGUGUUUCAAAACAUCAAAUAACUUUAAUUUACACUUUCAGGCCAUGACAAAUAUAACAAGUGUCACGUUCUGACCUUAGUUUCUUUUUUAUGUCUUUGUGUUAGGUUGGUCAGGGCGUGAGUUGGGGUGGGCAGUCUAUGUUCUUUUUUCUAGGUUGUUUGUUUUCUAUGUGUUUGGCCUGGUGUGGUUCCCAAUCAGAGGCAGCUGUUUAUCGUUGUCUCUGAUUGGGAGCCAUAUUUAGGUAGCCUAUUUUCCGUUGUGGUUGAUUAUUUUCUGUCUAGUGUCUGUUCACCUUUCAGAACUGUUUCGUUUUUAUUUUGUGUUAUUUUGUGUAGUGUUCAGUUUUAAAUAAAAAUUAUGACGAACACUUACCACGCUGC